UAUGAGAUACACUGGGAGACGAAAAAAGUUGCCCCUGGUCAUGAAAAAAGCUAUCGGAAGCUGGAGUCCAGAAAUCACCAAGAAAAGCCCGAGAGCGGACAUUCCUUAAGGCUGGAAUUCGCAUUUUACCUCCGCAAGCAAGAUGAUUUUAUCGCUUGUUGAACGGCGGUGUUUGUAGGCUAAAUCUUGUGGCUCCAAUCAAUUCAAGUAUUCGCUGGUUUGGCUGAGUUGUCUGACUUUCGAGGCGCAAACUUGGCAUCAGUAACGUUAGGCUACAUUUACUAAAGGCGGCUGCGGAAGAAAGGACAAUGUCAACGGAAGAAAGAUACAAGUUGGUGGUCGUGGGCGGUGGAGGUGUUGGUAAAAGCGCCCUCACUAUUCAGUUUAUUCAGUCAUACUUCGUGUCUGACUAUGACCCAACUAUUGAAGACUCGUACACUAAAAUCUGCACAGUGGAUGGAAAGGAAACACGAUUAGACAUACUUGACACAGCAGGACAAGAAGAGUUUGGAGCAAUGAGAGAGCAGUACAUGCGCUCUGGAGAGGGUUUCUUACUGGUGUUUGCUUUAAAUGAUAGUGGGAGUUAUAAUGAAAUUCAGAAAUUUCACACUCAGAUUUUGCGGGUAAAAGAUCGAGAUGACUUUCCAAUGGUUCUUGUUGGCAACAAAUCAGAUCUUGACCAGCAAAGAGUGAUCUCAAAAGAGGAAGCGAUGGGAUUUGCCCGAGAAAACAGAAUCCAUUAUAUGGAAUCUUCAGCAAAGAAUCGCCACAAUGUGGAUGAGGCCUUCAUGGAGGUUGUGCGAGCAAUAAGGAAGUUUCAGGAGACUGAGAGUCCACCGCUCCCUAGUCAUCAUGCUGGGAAGCAAAAGAGUGGUGGCUGUCCCUGCACCCUGCUCUGACUGCCCCUUUGCACUGUUGCCUAGGAGACUGAAGCCCUCUGUCUCAUGCCUGGUGCCUUAUGUGUCUACCCAGUGUGUGUUGAGUUUUGUGGAUAUGUGUGCCUGGUUGUUUGCAUCAGUGUUUUAGUAGCUUUUACAGUGUAUGUAGUUGAAUAGUUCCUGUUUUGAAACCCAUAUCACAUUAGAGAAAACCGCCAGUCUAUUGUAUAGGGGACCUUUCGUUUUUAUGUCAUCUAUAUGUUUUUUUGUGCUUUUGUAGAAUGGAGCUGUUGGUUUUAAACUCAUAAACCGUAUUUGUUUUAUCCAACCUUUAGUAUAAGGUCACCAAAUGAUUAAUUGCAUUUUUUCUUAUUUUUUGAUCACCACAAAGAUGGGAGCAGUGAAUAGCUACAAUGUAGAUCACGUAAUUAAUCAUAUGUUUAAUCUUUUUUUAUUGUGUUAGGAUGAAGUAUUGGUUUAUUUAGAAAGUCAGAAAGUAUUGUAUUGACUCAGACUUCUGCUGGGCAUGUGCCCUCUCUCGGGUUUCAUUUAAUUCAGUGUGACCGCGCUGAAAUGGCUGCUCUGAUGUCUGCCUUGUUUCCCCUCACGAACGAUCAGUGGCAAGAAUAGUAUUCAGCCCAAUUGUUUUCAGUAAUCUCGUCCUGAUAAAGUAAUUGGGGGCAGUGUAGAGAUGAUUAUGAUGUUUUAACAAUGCUACUUUUAAAUGAGAUUAUUUCUUUGAUGCACAAAGGUAAAAGACAAACAGUGCCGUUACAACUAGGGGUCCAGUGUUUGUGUAAUGUUUAUUCAAACAAAACCAAAGGCUAUGCUGUAGAUGUUUGCACACCAUUGUCAUUGUGAACGUUUAUCUUAUGUACACUAGUCAACAUUCGAAGUGGAUCAAAACCUUUCCUAAAAGUUGUCUUAAAACCAAUACCCAGUACCCGUUCUUGUCUUAGGACAACUUUGAUGAAUGUUUUUGAUCCACUUCAAAUGUUGACUACUAUAGUUUAACACUAAAAUGGUUUCAUACUGGGGAUGUCGUGCUUUUAUAAUCAAAAUGAUUUAUCAGUUUAUUUGUAUGUCUUUUUAAGGUACUUUCUAUUGUUCAAAUGCAGAGGCACUCUAUCAAGAUUCACAUGCUUUUGCAUAUGAUGUGCUUUACUUGUUUUUUGCACCUGCAUUAGUAGACGGUGAUGAAAAGUGAUACAGAAAAUGCCCAAAUGAAUAUGCUAACAAAACAUGAUAUUAAUCAGUGUUUUAAGGGAAUGAGUCAGUGUCUGUCCAAAUGUAAAAGUCUUAGUUUAGGAGGAGGAGAAAUGAAACUAGGUUCUUUUUCUAGGUCCACUAUAACAGUUCUCAUGUGUUACACAAGGGAGCGCUACACACACUUUAUGGCCUUUAAUCAAGAGACUUUUUAAACACAAAUUUUGUAAUAACCCAGGUCUGUCAACUGCAAAGAACAAAGCACUAUACUAUUAAGGAAUGUUAAGAAAUACACAACAUUGUAAUAUGAUUGUCUUUCAUUUCAUUUGAUGUCUUAAGUCUUUCAAUUAUUUUAAUUUAAGAUGUUUACUUGUUGGUUCUGGAUCUUGAUGAAUGCAUCUUCCAUAAUUAAAGUUUCAUUUUAACAAUAUUCUUUUGUACACAAAUAAAAUAUUUACCAAAACUGUCACUUAAAA